AUGAUAGAUAGUAGGAUAACAGAAACUUCAUUACGUAAAGCAAUUGGAAAAAUUUUAUAUGAUAAAGUUUUUAGUCAAAGUGAUAUAAUUGAAAAAGACUAUUUUGGUUUACAAUACACUGAUACACAUAAUGUUCAACAUUGGUUGGAUUCGUCUAAGUGCAUAAAAAAUCAAUGUAAAAUUGGUCCACCAUAUACAUUCCGCUUACGUAUUAAAUUUUAUGCGUCAGAACCACAGACUUUACAUGAAGAGCUAACAAGAUAUUUAUUUGUUCUACAAUUAAAAGAUGAUGUAAGAACAGGUAAAUUAGAAUGUCCUCUUGAUGUAAGCAUCGAUUUAGCUGCAUUAGCACUUCAAGCUGAAUUAGGCGAUUAUGUUUCAAUUGAACAUUCAGCCGAAACUGUAUCGGAGUUUCGUUUUAUACCGGAUGGAAGACAAACAGAAGAAGUUGAAGAAGCAAUUAUCCAGAAAUGGAAAACUUAUCAGAAUUUAACGCCUGCUGAUGCUGAAAUACAAUAUUUGAAUAGAGCAAAAUGGCUUGAAAAUUAUGGUGUAGAUUUACAUACAGUAUUGGGACGAGAUGGUAUGGAAUAUCGUUUAGGAUUGACACCGACUGGAAUUUUAGUAUUUGAAAAUAAACAAAAAAUUGGUCUAUUUUUCUGGCCAAAAAUAACUAAAUUAGAUUUCAAACAUAAGAAACUAACAGUUGUUGUGGUAGAAGAUGAUGAUAACGAUCCAAGUCUUCAACGAGAUCAUACAUUUAUAUUUCGUUUAUAUGAUGAAAAACAAUGUAAACAUUUGUGGAAAUGUGCAGUAGAAUAUCAUGGAUUUUUUCGAUGUAUUAAACCACCAAAAACAAAAUUAAAUACUCGAGAAAAUUUUACUAGAAUGGGAUCUCGAUUUCGAUUUAGUGGUCGAACAGAGGCACAAAGUGCAACAGUAAAUUUAACUCGUCGUAGUGCUAAUUUUGAACGACGACCAUCCCAAAGAUUUUCGAGACGUGCUUCCUAUGCCAUACGAAAGAAAUUACAAGAACAAGCACGUUUAAAAGAACAAGAAGAUGAAAGAUUAAAAAAAUUAAAAAUUGAACAAGAAGCAAAAUUAGAAGAAAAUACUGCAGGAAAAAAAUCACCUGAACAUAAAAAUCCAUCAUCAUCCACUCAUGAUUUAACAUUAUCAUCAUCGAGCAAACGUCCAUCUUCCUGGUCAUCAUCACAAAAAAAUUUAAAUUUAUCAGCAUCACAACGUUUGGAUAAUUUAAUACAAGGUGUUAACGUUGCUAGUGAAACGACAAAACAAUUAUCACAAGAUUUAUUGAUAAAUACUAAAGAUAAUGAAUCAAUCUCAAAGAAAAAUUCAACAUCUCUCGUAGUUUCUACAGUGCCACCUCCUCCAAUACCUCCGAGACAACCGAAAGAUGAUAAACAACAUCAACCGAUAUUAUUCAAUAAUCCGCUGAAAACAAAUAUUAAAAGUUAUUGUCUUGAAAAUUCGAUUAAAAACAAACAUUCGAAAGAAACGAAUAAUUUAACCGUUAAAGUAGAACCAGAAAUAAACGGCAAUAAUACAGCAAUAAACGAUGAUAAUAAUGAAAGUUUAUUGAUAAAAAUUUCACCACAACAUAAUGUUAACGGUCCAUCAACAAAUGGUCACAUUCGUUCAUCCAUCUCACCGCCCGCAAGAAAUUUAAUUUCAAUGAGUCCACCUAAAUUCUCGUUGAAAGAUGAGUUUCCGUUCGACAAUGUACCACAACCUUCUUUUGUGGUUAAACUAAAUAGUGUUCAAAAUUUAAUCGAUUCUAAAAGUGCUGGUAGUAGUAGUAACAGCAGCAGCAGCAUUGGUAAAAUGAAUUUACUAAAAAAAUUUCCACUAUUAAAUACACCGAUACCAGAAUUUGCUAUAUUAAAUCGUGCUAGAACAUCAUCAUCAUCGAAUAAUAAUCGAGCCUACGAUAAUAUCUUAAACUAUUCACUAUUCGACAUUGAUGGUGUUUACAGUCGAUUUAAUUUUCCAAGGAAACAACACACACUACCUUGCAAUAAUAAAACACAAUUUCAUAUGAAAUGUGCUAAUUAUGACAAUUUAUCCUAUCUCGUUGUUGAUUCAACAAAAAAUCUUCGUAAUUGUGCUGCUGCUGCUACGACAAUUACUAGUGACUACACUGAUGAUAAACUUCAACAAUCAGAUAAACCUGUUAUUGUUACACGAACAUUAAGUACGUCAAAUAGCCGUAAUGCUUCAGCGACAAUUGUUCAAUCAUGUCAUAAUACUAAUAACAGCGCUAGUACAUCGUGUUCAACAUCAUUAUCUUCUCAUCACUCUCGUACGUCUAUUCAACAUCAACCAAUUACAACAGAGUUAUGA